CUCGACCAAUCGCAUCUCGCUGGCGGGGGUUGUGCCAUAAAUGUCGAGCGGCUUUUCGUUGGAUCCCGUCGCCAGAUCGGCGCCACCGUGUACGCUAUCGGUGGUAUACUAGUACACACUUUUGGCGGCAGCCGCCCAGUCUAAGGUCCAAUCUCCGAACCGAACGGUCGCCCGAAAUACUUAGCGAACGAGUGUGGUUAGCAGUUCAAUAAAGCAAAAUGGACGCGCGAUUCAAAAGCAAUCUCGACAUGAUCGGGCGCAACGAGCCCAUCACAAGAAAGGCGAAAUUUUGGCAGAGUUAUGUACGAGCUCUGAAAGGCACUGACGACAUCAGAGCUCCCGAGCACACUCACAGGCCCCGCGGCAUUUUCCGUUCGGAUUAUCCUGAGCUGCAUUCCACCUCGUGGCCGUUUGGAAAAUCAAUUUUCGAAAACCCGAUUCACGCAGCCGAUCGUAUUAAUGUUCCCGGAUACAGGUAUCUACCCGUGCAUCGCGAGAUCUACGGUUACUCGCCGAGGCUGUUGUCUCCUCAUCAGUACAAACCCGUAGAACGCUUCACCCCCGCGAAACCAUUCGACGCUGAGAAGGCUUGGACCGAUCAUCUGAACCGUUUGGCGGACAUCGAUAAACUUUACCCGAGCAAGUCACCGCUUUUGGCUCGUCAUUUAAGCCCGCCGCUCAGUACGAAACGAUUGUUCGACAUCCACGGUAACCUCGUGGACGACGACUUUUUACUGCCGAACCCAUCCGUCUUACUGCGUAAAAAGCCACUUUUCGAUCUCCUGGAACCGUCACCGAUGGCGCCGAUCAGCGCGUUCACCAGGGACCCAUGGUGGUACCCGAGCUACGCGCCUUACAUCCCGAGCUACGCUCAGUACCGCACACCAUUCUUCUUGAGGGACAGCUACCUCAGUCCAGUUAAGCGCAAUUACCUAUGGAGCCGACAUCCUAUCAGGCCUUUCGACUGCGUUAUCGCUACAAGAAUGUUCGUUAAUCCUUGUGGCAAUUAUUAAUUACCGAGCCGUUACUCCGCCGAGGAGCCACUGACAGAACACGCGCUCACACCUAUUGAUGACUGUCUGGCGCCACACGGAAAGCGUGAAAUAAAAAACGAUGAAAAAAGAAAAAUAAUGCCGGAAAAAAAUCGACCAAAAAAAAGAAAGAAAACUCGCAUCACGUCCCGAAAGAAUUUUGGCGUCUUUAUCACAGUGCAUAUCGUUUCCAGGAAAUUUUAUUUAUGAACGUAUCCCAUCGUAUGAUUUAUUGUACUAUUGUUCAUCCGUAAAAUUUAUCCACGAAAUAAAAUAAACACUGCCAAAAUUUUAUUACA